CUCGCCAAUACCGAGAUUAUAAACUUCUUGGUUACGAACCUCGCGAAUCCUGAUCAUUACUUUUUGCGCAGGCCAGUGCUGAGCCCGGCAACAUACGAGCGCCAAUGGCAUGUUGACCCCGCGCCGGUACACACCUUGCUUGAGAGCGUCUGCGAUCCGCCUGUUCACGCAGCCGCUGUCAAUGAUGGCACACCAACCCCACCACCUUGCCCCUAUGAGGCAUGGGCCGUCCUCGAUCUCGACGAGCCCGCAUGGAGCUCAUACGCAAAGUUCACCCUGAGGGUGUCGUGGCCUGCAUCCUCCCCCGCGGACUUCUCCAUCCAGGUCUACACCCCCACAGAGCUCGCGUCCCACCUCGGCCUCCCGGCCUCCCCGCCCUCCCCUCUGGCGCCCGUCUCUCCGCCCCCGACGACGCGCCUCCGCUUCGCCCGCAUCCGCCUCGUGUCCACCGGGGUCCGCGCGCGCACCCACGCACCGCUCAUGCCCCCUCCCCCGCCGCCCGCAGUCGCCUUCAUCACAAUCCUCGAGCCGCUCUAUUUCACCGUCCUCCCCGCCUCCGUCGCGCCCACCGUCGCGUUCCUGGUGCUCGUGGGCGCCGCAGCGGCUGCG